CGCGCACAGGCGCCGGGCGGUGGCGGGAUUCGGCCGCGUGCGCUUUCCCGCCCCAGCUUUCGGAGCCCUUGCCACGCCCCGGGCUGCCGAUGGCUUCUUGUCUCGGCAGGCAGGGCUUUCCGCUCCCUCGCGCCUCCGCAAGCUCCUCCCUUCACCAGUUUCUUUGGGAGCCGGGGCCCCGCCCGUUUCCCGCCUCCGGGCCCCUAUUCGUCUCCGCCCUAGCCCGCCCCUCUCCUCCGCGCCCGGGCUGCUUCUGCUGAAGGCGGAGGCUCCAUGUUGUCCCCUCAGCGAGCGGUAGCGGCUUCCUCGAGAGGAGCAGGUGAUGCCAUGGAGAGUGGAAGGCCUGGGCCAGUGCAAGUUGUUUUGGUUCACAAAGACCAACAUUCCUUUGAGCUAGAAGAGAAAGCCUUGGCCAGCAUCCUCCUACAGGACCAUGUCCGAGAUCUUGAUGUUGUGGUGGUGUCUGUGGCUGGUGCCUUCCGCAAGGGCAAGUCCUUCAUUCUGGAUUUCAUGCUCCGAUAUUUAUAUUCUCAGAAGGAAGGUGGUCAUUCAAAUUGGUUGGGUGACCCAGAAGAACCACUAACAGGAUUUUCAUGGAGGGGAGGUUCUGACCCAGAAACCACCGGGAUUCAGAUCUGGAGUGAAGUUUUCAUCGUGGAGAAGCCGGCAGGGGAGAAGGUUGCAGUUGUUCUAAUGGAUACCCAGGGGGCAUUUGACAGUCAGUCAACUGUGAAAGACUGUGCAACCAUCUUUGCUCUGAGUACCAUGACUAGUUCUGUUCAGAUAUACAAUUUGUCCCAGAACAUUCAGGAAGAUGAUCUUCAGCAGCUGCAGCUCUUCACAGAAUAUGGUCGUCUGGCAAUGGAUGAAAUUUUCCAAAAACCCUUCCAGACACUCAUGUUUCUGGUUCGAGACUGGAGUUUCCCUUAUGAAUACAGCUAUGGACUACAAGGAGGGAUGGCAUUUUUGGAUAAACGUUUACAGGUGAAAGAACAUCAACAUGAAGAAAUUCAGAAUGUCCGAAAUCACAUUCACUCAUGUUUCUCCGAUGUCACCUGUUUUCUCUUACCACAUCCAGGACUCCAAGUAGCCACAAGCCCUGACUUUGAUGGAAAAUUGAAAGAUAUUGCUGGUGAUUUCAAAGAGCAGUUGGAGGCACUGAUACCAUACGUAUUAAACCCAUCUAAGUUAAUGGAAAAGGAGAUCAAUGGUUCAAAGGUCACCUGCCGGGGACUGUUGGAGUAUUUUAAGGCAUAUAUUAAAAUUUAUCAAGGAGAAGAUCUGCCUCACCCCAAAUCCAUGCUUCAGGCUACUGCUGAAGCCAACAAUUUGGCAGCUGCAGCCUCUGCCAAGGAUGUUUAUUACAACAACAUGGAAGAGGUUUGCGGGGGAGAGAAGCCUUAUUUGUCUCCAGACAUUUUAGAGGAGAAGCACUGUGAAUUCAGACAGCUUGCUCUGGACCAAUUUAAGAAGACCAAAAAGAUGGGUGGGAAGGAUUUCAGUUUUCGUUAUCAGCAGGAACUGGAGGAGGAAAUUAAAGAACUCUAUGAAAACUUCUGCAAGCACAAUGGAAGCAAGAAUGUCUUCAGCACCUUCCGAACCCCUGCGGUGCUGUUCACAGGCAUUGUGGCUUUGUAUAUAGCCUCUGGCCUCACUGGCUUUGUUGGUCUUGAGGUUGUGGCCCAGCUGUUCAACUGCAUGGUUGGACUGCUGCUAAUAGCACUCCUCACCUGGGGGUACAUCAGGUAUUCCGGUCAAUAUCGUGAGCUGGGUGGAGCUAUUGACUCUGGUGCAGCGUAUGUGUUGGAGCAGGCUUCUGCUCACAUCGGCAAUCCAGCUCAGGCUGCUGUGAGAGAUGCAGCGGCUGGGCGAUCCGCAGAUAGAAAAGCUCAGUAGCCUUAUCAUGAGGACCCAGCAAGAGACUGACCAGCCGAGAACCUCAGUUUCUGCCACGGCCACAGGUCCAGGUCUAGAGGAACAGCAGGCCUGGGACCAUCCAUGCAGCGCUGCAACAGGACACUGUAAUAAAUGAACUGUCCUCUCCUGUGGCUUCAGAUUCUUAAACAUGCUUCCUUUUCUGUUGGAGGCAUUCCUUUUCUUUGCUGUUAGAUCCAAACUUAGAUUUAUUUCCAUAUUACUCUCUGCUUUGUGCACUUUAUGGGCGAAAAAGCUAAAGGAGAAAACGGAAAUGCAGCUUUUAAGUCUCUUAUGUGCCACUUAGUGCCUUUUCAGACAAAAUACAUGCUUUUUGUGGACCUGGAGGGAAGGGAUGGCGGAUAACCUCAUGAAAUAUGCUGUCUAGAAGUGAAACUUGUCAGUUCUUUUACACUUCUUGAGAAGAAUUCCUUUUUAAAAAGUUUACAAAACUUGGAAAAACUUCAGAGCUAAAGAUUAACUGAAAAUUAAUUGUACCUUAAAGAUCUUACUUGUAAUGUUGGUAUGUGUUUGUUAUAUAAUGUGGUAAAAUCAUAUGUUAAUGUACCAUACCUGAUACGCUGGCA